CCUCGACCCACGCUGAACUCACAGGGUUUCCCUGGAAACGAGGCGGUGUCAGGAUAGAUAGAGCAGGAGAGUCGGUGUCGGGCGCGUGUCCACGGGCGCGUGAGCGUGGGCGACCGCGAUGUGAAUGUGUGCGCGCAGGAAAGCGAAAGCCGUGGAGGCUGGGCUCCGCCCCGUCCUCAUCUAGCGCCGCCCCUUCUUUGCUGCUCCUAAUUCGAAGUUCGCGGUAGUUCGUUGCGCAGGCGCAGUGGCAUUACCAUGGCGGAGUUAAUUUCUUUAGCGGUUCCCACCCAGAGUGACAAAGUUUUGUUGGUGUGGGAGCUGAGCGCCGGUCCCCCAGCUGAGGCCUUAAUUCGUUCUCUGUCCGCAGUGUUCUCCCAGUUUGGCCUUCUGUAUUCAGUCCGAGUCUUCCCGAACGCUGCCGUGGCUCGCCCUGGUUUCUAUGCCAUCAUCAAGUUUUACUCAUCGAGGGACGCGCAGAAAGCCCAAAAGGCAUGUGACGGGAAGCCUCUUUUUCAGACUUCGCCCGUGAAGGUUCGUCUCAGCACCAGACAGAAAGCACUGCGGCACCAGACCUUUGCCCUAAACAGCUCACGGUGCCAAGAACUGGCGAAUUACUACUUUGGCUUCAAUGGAUGGUCAAAAAGGAUCAUCAGGCUGCAGGAGCUCUCUGGCUUGGAGGACGGGGCUCUCACGGGGCCUGUGCGGAAGCGGAGCCUCAAGUUCUUCUGUGCUGUAGAGGUGGUUCUGCCGCCCUACGGGUGCAAGAGCCCCGGAGUCGGCAUCGCCGAGGAGCCUCUGCACCAGCCGGAGGAGGAAGGACAGUCCUCGUUUCUGAUGAAGAGGAAGACAGCACAGAAGCUCGCAAUCCAAAGCGCUUUGGCAGAUGCCUUCCAGAAGCUGGCCAUCGUGGUUCUGGGUGAGCCUCUCUCAGUUAUUCGGAGCGCGUGAAUCUCGGCGAGCUGAAAGUUCAUUUUAAAAUACAAACAGUAUGAAAAUGCUGCUAUCUGGAACAUUCCAGAUUAUGCUUUCAUUCGUGCGACUCUCCCACAGCGCUGGUCUCGGGUUGGUUCUUUGUCGUGUGUAGGAGAAAAGCGGCAGCAAACGCUCUUGUUCCUUGGGUAUCGAUGUCAAAGGUUUGCCUUGUCACUGCAGGCCUGCUCCUUUGCUUGCCCGGCACUAAGAGAGUUGAUGAGUUUUGGACAUCUGUGUUUGCGUACUGACUUCCCAUGUCAUAGCUAGAGUGACCUGUAAACAUGUAGGAUUACUAAGCUGCCCUCCAUCUCAGGCUAGAGGGUGUCCCCAUCUUCUGGGGACACCAUUAGAGUGAAUGAAAUGACGGUUCUGUUAAUAACUGCACUGUGAGAUGUGGCGUCUCUGGAGACAUGCUCUAGCCUCUAGAGACCGUAAGCACUCAUCGGUGCGACUGUGUUUGAUGUGGAAGUUUGAGAACAAGAAGAACCCUGAGGGACUG